UUCGGCUCCGGCGUUUGACAGUUCGCGUCUGGACACAAAAACAAAACAGUGUUUAUUUUCCGUGGAAACAAUCGUUCGUCUGUUGCUUGUUUUAAUAGUGAUUUUGUAGGUUUUUGGCUUGCAUUUCUGUGAACAACGUGGCUUUGCUUACAAUGGCAUCGAAUCCUGCUGAAGAAUUGGAACUGCUGGAGCGCGUCCUGCUGCGGCUCGGAUGUGCCGACACGGACGAACAGCUGCAGAACACGGUGACCAAGUUCCUGACGCCGGUUCUGAUCAAGAUUACGUCACCGCAUGAGGCCGUCCGGAAGAAGGUGAUGGAGAUUUUGACCCACGUCAACAAGCGGCUCAAGAGCCGGAACCAGGUCCAGCUGCCGUUGGGGCCGCUGUUGGAGCAGUACCAGAAGGGCAGUUCGUCGUUUUUGAUCAACUUUGCCAUCAUCUACAUCACGAUGGGGUUUCCCCGGUUGACGGUGGAGGAACAGACGGAGCUGGUGCCGGCGCUGAUGAACUGCGUGGAGGGCAAGCCGGAACCGCAUCAGGACAAAAUCCUAAUGUUGGUCCUUCCCCUGCUGGGCGAAAUCAAGAUCCCAGAAAAUCCGGACAGUCGCUCGGAACUGCUCGGGCUCUCUGGCAAGCCCCACACCAAGACGCAAUUCCUGUCGAUUCUGAUGGACGUUCUGCUGCUCCCGUACGGAACAACCCAGGAUGGGGAGGUCCCGCCUGGCAUGAGUACGUACUCGUUCAAGCGGGUCACCAGCGAACACCUGAAGGCGGAAGAUCUGGAACAGCUGAAGAAGGGCAUCGUGCGCUUUUUGUGCGGAGGAAUCUUCUCCGAGCCGGAAACGCUUGCCCACUUGAUUGUGGCUUCGGCGGACACGAGGUUCUCAGUAGCGACGCCGGCCAUCGUGGAGCUAAACAAGAUUUGCUCCUCGCUCGACUGGACCGACCCGAAGUUGUCAUCCCCGCUGUACACGCUGUUCUCCGGCAAUGGGUCCAAGAUCCCGGACCGGAAGACGAGUCCCGUCAGCACGCGGGUGCGCCAGAAGCUUUUCCAGCAUUUGCUCAAGUGCCGCGGCAACGGCAUCAUCACCGCCAAGGGCAUUCAGGUCAUUUUCGAAGCGCUGUUUGGGGAGAACACCAACCAGAAGUGCAAGGUGCUGGCGCUUCAGUUUGCGGACAAGUUGAUUACCAAUGGUCAACCGGAUCUGAUCAACAAGCUGUCCAAGGUCUUGCUGACCGGCAUCUCCAAGCUGAUCGGGCCCAAGUCGGAGGAGCCCAACGAGGUGCAGAACGCCGCGUACAACGCGAUGGCCCAGCUGGCGAUCGUGUGUCCGACGACGGUCAACCAGGACGUGCAGCUGGUGGCGUCCUACUUUGACCAUCUGUCGCAGUCUCCGGUCGAGUUGCACUCGGCGAUCCGCGAGGCGUUGGUCGCGCUGGCUCAGGCCUUCGACUGGCGCAAGCAACCGAAGGCCAGUGGAGAUGUUCCGAAGGAGGGAGGAACGGAUCAGGUGCUGGUCGCAAGUGGCAGGUUCGUGCCGAACUCGAACCAGAUGUUGCUGCUAGGAUUGCUGGGCGAGAAGGCGGAGUCCAAGCUGACGAUCGUGCAGAACGUGGCGUCAGUGUACUUGACUACGUGCUUCCCAGAUUACUACGUGCCCUCGCGGUAUCUGCUGCUGAUCAUCUGCGGCGAGAGUUCUCAGCUGAGGGAGAUGAUGACCACGUACUUGUACGGGGUGUCCCGCAAGGAUCACAUCAACUACGGCCAGAUCAUCUCGGUUGAGGAUUACGAGGAAGAUUCGGCGGAGAAGGAACCGAAAAAUCCCUUUUCCGCAACCAACGAACCAAAAAGGAUCGUGCUGCCCUGCUUCCGGGACAUGGUCGAGUACGUGGCACUCAAGUCAGAGCGAAAAACGGCGACCAUCCUGGAUCGUCCCGGGUACGGGAAGGUCAAGCUGCCGUACAACUUCGACACGUACAUCGAAGUGCUAGACUAUUUGCGAAUCUGUUUGCUGUUCAACGCCGGCGUCAACACGCAUCCCAACGACGACAAAGAACUGCUCAAGCUGACGGGCUUUCUGAAGAAAUUCGUCGCGGAAAGCGGCAACCAAGAGGUCAUCCGAAAGUACAACGAGUUGAUCCGGAAGUUGAUCAUUGUUCGCAAGGGCAUCACCGAACUAACCUGUCUGUUUGACUUGGUCAACGGAAUCCCUGAGAUCCUAGCCAAGGAGAACAAAGACCUGCUACCAACGCUCAGUUCUUCCCUCAAAGAGAUCUCCGAACCAACCCGCGCCCUCAUCGCCAAGGUCUACGGCGUCCUGCUCGCGUACAACAGCGACGAGCAAGAACUUGAAUCCAACAUCAAGGAACUCCUUGCCCUAACCAAUAAAUCCCUGGAAAAUCGCCACGGCUCGAUCAUGGCCGCCGCAAACGCCAUCCACCGCAAACUCAUCCUCACCCCAGAACUCGCCAACUGGCAGACCUUCAAAACCCUCGUCAACCUCCUCAUCUCCCUGCUCAACGACCAGCAGUCCCUCCUCCAAUCCGCCUCUAUCAAAAGCCUCAGUCUAAUCGGAACCACCUCCCAACUCCCCCUCGAACCUUCACCCCCAAAGUCCGACGAGCAGAUGGAAACCAACGCAAGCGAAUCCCCCACAAAAGACUCCCUCUUCAAAUCCCUCAUGACCCUCCUCCAAAGCGCCCACACAAAACCCAAAAUCCGCGAAGACGUUGCCCAUUGCCUCGGAUAUCUCGCAGUCGGCGAUCCGCAGUUCUUCGCCCGCCGCCUCCUCGACGGCUUCCUGGGUCUGCUCCGGAUGACCAAGGACCCGGCGCUACACAUCGCAAUGGGCCAAGCGCUGGUCUACACGCUGCAAGGAGUAUCGAGCGGGGAACGCCAAGCGGAUCAGGACUCGCAGGGGAAUGUGAGCGACGAAGAGUUGGAGUGGUUCCUGAUUGAGCUGGUCAAGAAGGUGAACGAGCCGCACGCGUAUCUGAAGCAGGCUUGCGCGAUUUGGUUGCUGGCGAUCGUGAAGAACUGUAGCAAGAGGAGGACCGUUGUGGAGAAGAGGCAGAUUCUGCAGCUGGCGUUUACCGAUUUGCUGUCCGAGGAUAAUGAACUGGUCCAGGACGUGGCCUCGCGCGGCCUCGGCAUCGUGUACUCCAUCUCGAGCAACGACAGCCAGGAGGAGCUAUCGAACCUGCUCCUCGACCAACUGAUCGGCGGCCGGCGCCAGGUCCAGAAGGUCACCGAGGACACCAAGCUGUUUGAGGAAGGCGUGCUCGGGAAGGCUCCCACUGGCGGCAACCUGACGACCUACAAGGAGCUGUGCAGUUUGGCGUCGGAUUUGAAUCAGCCGGAGAUGAUCUACCAGUUUAUGCAGCUGGCGAACCACAACGCCACGUGGAACAGCAAGUUGGGGGCGGCGUUCGGGCUGCAGUCGAUUUCCAAGUCGGCGAAGCUGAAGAUGGAGCCGUACCUGGGGAAGAUCGUGCCGCGGCUGUUCCGCUACAAGUACGACCCGACGCCGAAGAUUCAGAACUCGAUGAUCAGUAUUUGGGACUCGGUGGUGAGCGAUUCGAAGGCGACGGUUGAGGCGUACUAUUGGGACAUUUUGGAGGAUGUGAGCAAGAACUUGACGUCGCCGGAGUGGCGAACGCGGAUUGCUUGUUGUUUGGCGGUGAGGGAUUUGAUUAAGCGGAAUGCGGGGUUGAAGUUGCGGUCGGAUGAGGUGAAGGGGGAUGCGAUGGAGACGGACGGGGUGCCGGAGCCGGAGUUGGCGUGUUUGUGGGGCCAGUUGUUCCGGGUGAUGGAUGAUAUUCACGAGGGGACGAGGUUGGCUGCGGAAGGAACGGCGGCGGCGUUGAGCAAGGUUUGCGUUGUGGCGGCGUCGAGCGAUCGCAGCAAGUCCGGGUUGAACGUGUCGAGUUCGAUAAUUCCGUUGUUUUUGGAGAGUGGAGUGACGAACACGGUGGCGGAGAUUCGGAAGUUGAGUAUUAAGACGCUGUCGGAUUUGAUUGAUUCGGCUGGGUCGUUGAUCUUGCCACAUUUGACGAGUUUGGUGCCGUGCUUGCUGCAAGCGACGGGGGAGUUGGACUCGGCCAAGUUGUCUUAUUUGAGUACGAUGAUGGCUGGACAGAGCGGAACGCAGGAGGUGGUCGAUUCCAUGCGAGCGGAAGCUGCCAAGCAGCAUUACACGAUGGAGACGCUGAGCAAGUGCAUUCGUCACAUUGACUAUCCGACGCUGGAGAAGAUGACUCCGGCGGUGUUGGACGUACUCAAGACUGGAGUGAAUUUGGGGACAAAGGUCGCUUGCGCUCACUUUAUUUGCCUGGUUAGUAUCCAGCUGGGCGCGGAGAUGCAACCUUUGACCGGGAAGUAUUUGGGAUCGUGCUUUAGCGGAUUGUCCGAUCGCAAUGCGACCGUUCGGAGGUAUUUUGCUUCGGCGAUCGGACACCUCAUUGGAACCGCAAAAGAUCAAUCGAUCGUACGACUGUUUGCCAAACUCCAGGAGCUCUACUUUGAACAGCAGAGCAAUCGAGCUGUUCCGCUGACGAUCCAGUCGAUCAACAAGCGCCACCAGGAAAUUCUCAAAGACUACUCCGCGAACGUACUGCCCUUGAUGUUCUUCGCGAUGCACGAAGAACUGACAGAAGAUAACAAGUCCACGAUCGAGCUAUGGCAAGAACUGUGGAACGACAUCAACACCGGAGACGCCGGACUCCGCAUGAACCUGCAAGCGAUCCUGGACAUUCUCGAGAGUAAGCUCAACGACCCAUCCUGGCUGUUGAAGGCCCAAGCUGGAAGCGCCAUCAACACGCUAGCCACCAAGCUGAGCUCCAACCUGGACGACGAAAUUCGCUUCAAACUGAUCGACCUGGUGCUCACCAACGUCUCAGGUCGAACGUUCCAAGGCAAGGACAAGCUCCUACAAGCCCUUGCCAGCUUGUGCAAGAACCUCAAGAAAGACUCCAACCACCACACCCGAAUCAUCGACGCCGUAAUGAAAGAGUGCCGCAAAGACGAACCCGUCUACCGCACCCACGCCCUCAAAUCCCUCGGCAACAUCCUCGAAGAACUCAAAGAGGACCGCUUCGAAGAGGUCUACAACAUGGUUUGGUACCUGCUCGACAAGCAGGAUCUCUCCGACGGCGGCGACAAGGACGAAAACGAAGUCAUCUCCCUCGAAGAAAAGAACAAAAAAAUGCUCAUCUUUGUCAACCUCAAGGAAACCGUCUGCGAAACGCUCGGCAAAGCCUGGCCCGAACAAUCCAUCGAAACGCAGAAGCGCUACCAGCUUAAAUUCGUCGAAAAGUGCGUCCAAUGUCUCAAACUCAACACCCGCCAGGUCCAAAUCUGCCUGCUCCAAUCCCUCGGACGCUUCCUCGAACGCCUCUACCUGCUCAAACCCGACGACCCCGCCACCUCAACUGUCGAAGAAAACCGCGAAAAGAAGCCCAAACGCGACCCCGAAGGCGCAGAAACCCUGGAAAACAUCUGCAAAACGGUGCUGUCGGCGAUCGUCGAGGUGGCCGGCAUCCCGCACACCGGACUUAAGAAGGAAGCGCUCAACAUUAUGCUGAUCUUGAUCAACAAGCUGAAGGCGAAGGACGGCGGCGGGAGCGCGGGACCGGAGCUGGCCAUGGUGCGGCAGACGUUCGAGCAGAUUGCGGGCCAGCUGCAGAAGGAUGCCGCGCCGGAGGUCAAGUGCCGGUUGAAGGACAUUGAGGAUAAGUUGAAGUAAGGAGAGGUGGGAACGGUAGGUGGGGGAGGGAUUCUACUUAAUACAGUGUGCGUGACUCUCAAUUCUUCAUACAUGGCAUGGCAUCAUGGUCAUUUAUUGCGACAUUUCAAAUAAAUAACAUUCAAAUAACUCUGCAAA